GAUAAAAUACAUUUACAUUUGGUACUACUGAAUGUUAUAUUUACGUGGCUUUGACGGUCUUCAAAUCUUCCGUUUGGCUACGAAUUUGAAGCAGACGAAAAUUAAUUUAACCAGAACGUUUCACGAUGAAUUCAGUUUUGAACGAGGCUCAGUUAAAACGCCUUUCGGAGCACAAAUAUAGCGCGCAAUGCGUAUCGAUUCUGGACCCUUGGUUCCAAGUUUACUGGCGAUGGCUUGUGGAACAACUUCCCCUGUGGUUAGCUCCAAACACCAUUACAAUCUCUGGAUUAGUCAUCAAUGUAGUCACCUCGCUUAUUUUAAUGUGGUAUUGUCCUCAAGCCACAGGAGAGGCACCAUGGUGGGCCUUUUUCUUGAGUGCUUUGGGACUGUUUGCAUAUCAGUCUCUUGAUGCUGUUGAUGGUAAACAAGCACGGCGUACAAAAAGUGCUUCACCAUUGGGAGAAUUGGUAGAUCAUGGCUGUGACUCUGUUUCCAUGGUGAUAAUGAUGUUGGCUAUCAGUGUUGCAGUAGAGCUUGGGAAACACCCUAGCUGGAUGUUCUUCAUAACAUUCAUGGCAACCUUCAUGUUUUAUUGUGCUCACUGGCAAGCUUAUGUUUCUGGUACUAUAAAGUUUGGAACAUUUGAUGUAACAGAGAUUCAAGUUGCUGGCAUGGGUAUAUUCAUAGUGUCUGGAAUCUUUGGUGUUCAAGUAUGGUCCCAGCAGGUUCCUUACUUCAGUGUCACAUACAAGGAUGUUAUCUUUGGGGGUACUAUGUGUGGAACAAUUUACAAUCUUUCAUCAAUAUUUCUUCAAAUAUAUAAAGGUGGAAAGGGGAAGAAUGGAUCCACAGUUGCUGGCACUAGGGUUUUAUCACCAUUGUUUCCUAUUGCUGCUAUGUUAUAUAUGGCCUAUCUUACUGCGACAACCUCCUCCACAAGUGUAUUUCGUAAGCACCCAUGUUUAUUUGUCAUGGCGUUUGGAUUGGCGUGUUCCAAGAUUACAAUCAAACUAGUGGUUGGUUGUAUGACACGGAGUCCAGUUGAAUUCAAAGAUUCCACUAUGAUCGGAGGGAUUCUUCAGAUUCUUAAUAUUCAUUACGGCUCUCCAAUUGAUGAAUAUGUUUUAUUGUGGUGUAUGAUGGGUCAUGUGUUGUUUGAACAGCUGCGGUACAACUUUGCUCUUGGUACGGACAUCUGUGACUACCUUAACAUCAGCUACUUCAGAAUAAAACCUAUGAAGAAAGAAAAGGAUAAAUAGCACGCUGUGACCUUUAACCUGCUUUGAGUAACCUCUGCUUUUUCUCCCUUCGACCUUUUUCUAACCUUUUUGUGGACUGUGUAGAGCGGUAUUCACUGUGAAACUUAUGUAAAACCAAGAUCAAACGGGGUCGAGAGUCGGUGAGAGUGGUUCUUCCUUCAACUGUCAUCAAUUGCUGUAACUGUACAGGAAAAUUUGCCGUAGGUGAAGGUCGGGAUAUGCAAGGUAGCAAAUCAGUGCGUUAGGUCUCCGCGUCUAUUGCUCCCAAAGCAAGCCGAUAAGGGUGAUAUUCUUGCUGCGAUCAUACGCAGGAUAUCAAAUAAGUGUGUUCUUACAGUGCGUGUUUCGGGGGAAAAUUUUGUCACGUGUACGAAGGUUUUUACCAAACUAUUCCAUGUUUUACCAAGUCAGCUAACACAAAAACUGAUUGAAAUAACUCUCUUGGACUUAUUUUACGUACAGGGCUUCCCAAGAAGGAGGAGGGGGGAGGGAGGGUGGCUUAUAAGAGAGACGGGUGAGGGAGCUGAUCACAAGCCCGCUGAAAGGGAGUCGUCAUUUUUUUAUCUUUCCUCCCUCAUAGCCUUAAAAUGCCGUGUGCAGAAACUUUCAAACACAUUUUAACUACCUCUAUACAACUCAAGUAGGUUACAAUGCCACGGUUAACCUUUUGCAUAGCAUUUCAUGUUUUGCCCUUUGUUUGUUAGUGUGUUUUUGUUUGUGGAAGAGUAAGGAGUGGGUGGGGUUGUGAAAGGAGGGGGGCUAGGGAGAUGCGGUACCCCUGGGAACUGUUUGCACGUCUUGUCGCCAUGACUUGUUGCUGAGUAUGUUCCAACCUGGACAAUAAUUUUACCCGUAAAUCUGUCUGUCAAGCAAUCGAUACAUUUCGUUUACUCGAAAAUUUCAUUAGGUGAAUCCGCCUUGCCUUUACAACACUGGUUGCCAGCCGUUUUCGCCGACUCUCGUCCAAUUUGUUUGUGACUUCGUCAUGUUGCGAUUUCUUGCUUACCUUUUUUAUUCAUGACAUGCUGUUUCUUUUUCUUGCUUUCUUGCAUCUCUGUGGUGUUUUUCCGUCUCAGAAAAAUGUGAAUCUAAGACAUUUUGUGAUGGAAAUAAUCUUACUCGCUACUGGAGAGCUUUUCGAUCGAGUGUCGUCAAAUCAAAACGAUCACGGCGGCCAAUCAGAAGACAGGAAAAAACCGUCAAGAGCUAAUUAGAACUAAAGUGAAAACAAUCGAGUAAAGCGCGGGAAAACGUAGGCGCCCAAGUCGCGAUUGGUUUUUAGUUUUGCAUCUGAUUAGUUGAGAGAGUGGCGCGAAUUUCUUGGACCAAUCACAGAGCGGAGAAAAGCAAAACCAAAGCAGUCUCGAAUUACUUUCGGCACUCAAUUGAAGAUUUCUCCGAAGCGACCCUCCAAAUUGUGAGGUACAGUAGCUUCUAUAAACGCUACUAUAACAUUUUUAUAUACCAACCAAAAGGACACGUGUGGUAUUAACUGAUGUGUGAAGUUGCCAGGAACCAACAGGUCGUGUGUUACAGUUAAGUUGGUGAUUUGAAAAAUUAAUUCAUUUUUAAUAGUAUGUAUUGUAAUAUGUUUUGGAAUUUGAGUUAUUAAUCGCAUCUGAUAACGCCCUUUCACUCUUAGAUAAUUUACUCAAUUUAUAUCAACUUUUUAAUUUCUUUGGUUUGGUCAAAUUGACUUCCUCACUUUUGGAUUUGGUUUAAGUUUACUGCGAAGACAAAACGGCUUAUUGCCUAUUUUUUUUUCCAUUGGCCAGUACUUUUUGAAAUAAAUUAGUUACUUCCCUUCUUAAAACGUAAGUAUUGGUUCUAUGCCUUCUUGUCAUUAGCAAAAUUCUCGAAACAGGCAAGAGGAGGGGAGUGUGUUACAAAAUUUGUCUCGUAUCGGUGGAAGUCAAAAUGAAUUGAGGUCUGGUGUAAUUCUGACUCGCGAUUGACGCUGUAAAAUGCUUAUUUACAAUUUUUCUGCUAAUUACAGUUCCUUAGGCUCGCUUUGAGUUGUUUUUUAAAGAAAUCUUUUGAUUGUAAAGUCAAUCGACAUGAGGUCAUCCUUAGGAUUUGCUCAAGAACGUUAAAGAUGUUGAAUUAUUAUUAUAAUCUAUAUGCAUAUGGAGUUCGCUAGUACCCAUUGGAACUACACUCGACACUCUUUUGCAAAUUGCUCUAACUGACCAGAUGACAAUUCGAAAGGAUUUCUCGUUAUUUUUUCAUUUUUGUAGAUCUCUUAACUCAAGACCUAUCUGAAUCGGGGUUGCUUAUUGAAUGGAAGAUUAUUGUUGUCUUGCAGCAGCUAUGGCAUCUUGUCAUGUUUUAUCUUGUAAGAAUCGGACUAAGUAACAUCCAUUUAACCGUAAUUUUAGAAUUUAGAACGCGAAGUAGUGUUUGAUCUAGGCGUGCGAUGCCGAUUAAUAUUGUAGCUUAUUUUAAAUAUUGAUUUCUCUCUGCAUACACGGUGGUAACUUUAUCACCAAGGUAUGAAAAGAUUAUUUAUUUGAAUAUAAAUGCUUCAGUUUUGUUAUUGA